AUGCCGAGCGUGGGGAGGCGGCUGCCGCCGUGGACGUCGCCGAGGGGCGCGGCGGAGAGGUGGAGCCCCGGCACCCCCGCCGGCUUCGCGGGCUCCGGGAGCCACGUCACCCCGCCCCUGAGCGCCGGCUUCUGCUCCUACCGCGCCACCCCGCCGACGAGCGGCGGCGGGUGCUCCCGGCCGCCGAGGGCGCCGCCGGCGGCGGAUUCCCCGUACGUGAGGGCGAAACAGGCGCAGUUAAUUGAAAAAGAUCCAAACAAGGCAGUUCCAUUGUUCUGGGCAGCUAUUAAUAGUGGUGAACGAAUUGAGAGUGCACUGAAGGAUAUGGCUACUGUACUGAAACAAGCAAACCGGGCUGAAGAAGCCAUUGAAGCGAUAAGAUCCUUCCGUGACCGUUGUCCGAAUGAAGCCCAGGAGUCUCUUGACAAUGUUCUUCUUGACUUGUACAAGAAAUGCGGUAGGACAAAAGAGCAGAUUGAAAUGCUGACAGUGAAACUGAGAAUGAUUGAUGAGGAUCUAGCUUCUGGCCGGUGGAAAACUAAGCUUUCUAAAUCUCAUGGAAGAGUAUUCUAUCUCUCUCUUAGGGAUGAAAAGGCAAGGUUGCUGGGUAACCUCGCCUGGGCCUAUAUACAGUCUGAAAACUAUGAGGAAGCUGAAAUGCUCUACAGGCAAGCUCUUGCUAUAGAAACUGAUUAUAACAAAGAGUGCAAUCUAGCCAUCUGCAUGAUGAAGAUGGGAAAGGUAGCUGAAGCUAAAUACCUUCUCCAAGCUAUACCUUACAACUGCAAUGAUGAAAACCACGUGAGAUCUUUUGCCCGGGCUACUGAAGUGCUUAGGGAACUUGAGUUACAGGCACUCCCUUCUCCCAUAACUCAGAUGAAGUCUAAAGAUUCACGGAUUUUGCUUGCUACUGAUGUGGGGAACCUAGAAUAUCUACAUCCACAAAUAUUCUCUGCUACAACUCAAUUGAAUUAUGAAGAACCGCAAGCUUCAAUUUCGGCAGAUACAGAGAAUCAUGAAGAUUGCAACUCACAAGUGCUUCCAUCUCCGAUAACCCAGUUGAAGCGUAAAGAACCACAGCUUAUGGUUGCUACUGAUGGAGAGAAGACUGGACAAAGUCUGGAGGAGUACCAUGAUCUUUCUAGACUGUUCAAUGAUGCUGCCACACCACAGUCUCUACUUGAGAAACUACGAAAGCGGCUGGUCAAAAAGGACAGACCCAAUAUCAGCGCACAUAAUCAAGAUCAGACUCCUAGCCCAGCUGAAUGCUUGCCAAGCUCUAAUGGCGCCGUAGAUGCUAGCGAGAAUCCUAUGCAAGAGGAGAAGCGUUUGGUUGGUGGCGGUAGAAAAACGUGGGCAGACAUGGUGGAGGAGGAUGAACAGCAGCAGCUGGCCGAUGGCAAGAACACCACCGCCCCGCAAGGUGAAAGCAGCAAGCAUGCGAGUGAGCAGAGGGAUAAAACACCAUCCUCAUCAUCUCAAGGAAGCUGCAGCCUCAAAACCCCGGUCGCUGGUGUUCGGCCACAGAGUUCAUCAGCAGGUUCAUGGAGACGUAAUGACUCGGCCGGAAUCUCGACAGACGAGAAUGUGAACCGGAGUUUCGUCAGGACAGCUCCAGCAUGGAAGCAGCGGAAGGUUCAAGAUCGUGGUGACCGAGUCUGCCAAAGGCUUAACACGACCCAUCUCAGUGAGAAAGCUCGAGGCACCGAGCAAACAGCAAGCUCAGUGAGAAGCAGUGCAGCUCAGCGUUCGCUUUUCCACGGGCAGGUACCAUCUGGUUUUAGCGGACGCUCUCAGGGUGCCAGUCACACUAACCGUUGCCCUGGGAGCCCGGCGAGCACAGGACCGUGGAGGCCACCGGACCGCGGGCGGGCCUUCCAGGAAAUCACAAACGAGCUGAAGCAAAAUGUUGCAUAA